AUGUUCACAGUCAAGCGCUUCGAUGCCUUCAAUGCGGAGUCAUCGUCGGGAAGCAAAGAUGGCCCGGUAGACAACGCCAAGCUGGAUGCUCUUAACGAGCGCAUUCUCAAGAAACGCAAGGCCGUUCAUGGAUCCGAAGCAUCAGGUGCGCAAGUAUCCGCGACAACAUCAUCCUCCGCUCCACCUCAAGCUGCUGCUGUCCCGAUGCCGUCUGCUCCCGCGACAAGGCCCACACUCAAUAUCCACCCUUCCCGCCUCAGCGUCGCACCGAUCUUGCGGCAGUCCGUCAACAAAGCGCGCACAGGACCAAAGGAGAAGACAAAAGCGAAGCAAAGAUAUCUCAAGGCCAAGAAAGAUCGUCGCAAAGCCAGACAACGUGCUGCGCCCAAGAGGUCGAAGGAGGAUGCCGCCGCACAAGCGUCGGCAGUAGCAGACAAUUCGAUUGUCUCGCACUUGCCAGAAGAAGACGCGUUGCAUCGACGGGAGGCUACGAAGAAGAAAGCAGCAGUGGACGCAGAUACGAGAACAGACGAGCGAUCCGAGGCUUCGUCCUCUUCCGGCUCAGAUUCAGACUCGUCGGAGGACUCAGGCUCCGAAUCCGAGCAAGAUGGUUCCGAUGACUCCGAGUCGGUAUCCUCUUCGCACCCUGAUGAAGCGAUUCCGGAAGCCGAAAGCAAGGAUGUUGAUAUGGAAGUCGAGGCUGAUGCGGAAAGACAGGCUCAGGCGUUAGAACGCUUCCCCCUUGCGGGAGUCAAGAAAGCGGUGGACCCAAAACUCAUUCGCUCCCUGGGUCUACCGGAAGGCCUCUCCAACCGCACCGUCGUCAAUCCCACGCUAUCGCAACCGAUCCACAAGCCGGCGUCUUCCAGUAAAGCAGCUAUGAACAGCAAGGCGUCUGCAACACCGCCCAUAGACGGUGGCGCAUUUCAAGACAUGGCAGAAGCAUCCUCGGAUGACCAGGAGUCGGUAACAAUAUCCGCCAGCAGCGCGUCCAAUGACGAUUUUGGCAGGGUAGCCCUGAACGACACGGUCCGAUCUCGUCUCGAAGCGCUCGGUGUCAGCGAGUGGUUCGCUGUCCAAAUGUCCGUCAUCCCAUGUCUGCUCGCUCAGCCCCAGAGUCGAUCUCUGUAUCGGCCGUUUGCCCCGCCACGCGAUCUGUGCGUUUCCGCACCAACAGGAAGCGGAAAGACGCUGGCAUACAGCGUUCCCAUUGUCGAAGUGCUCCGCACACGUCAGAUCGUUCAACUGCGAGCGUUGAUCGUCCUUCCCACUCGCGAUCUUGUCGCGCAGGUCAGGUCCACGUUGGAGCUGGUCGCAAAAGGCUCAGGGUUGAGAAUCGGCACAGCGACGGGUCAGCACAGCUUCGCUCACGAGCAGAACCAACUCGUCGGCCCUUCCGACUCAGGCGAGCCAGAUGAGGAGGACGCACAACUGGAAGCGAAGAUCGACAUCCUCAUUGCAACGCCAGGUCGACUCAUCGAUCACCUCGACUCGACGCCCGGCUUCACCCUCGCUCACCUACGAUUUCUGGUAAUUGACGAGGCGGAUCGUCUCUUAAAUCAGUCUUUCCAGGAGUGGCUCCGCCGCGUCCUCUCUGCUACGGAAGCUAAGCAGCAGAAUGCCGGAGGCGCGCCCGCUCAGCAGCAAGGCUCGGCGCAAGCCCCUUACGAGCUCCUAUCGUCCAGCGCCUCUGGUCUUGGAGCAGCUGCGUGGUCGACACUGCAGGAAGAAGCCGGACCGUCCGUACAGAAGUUGCUUUUCUCAGCGACGCUGACCCGGGAUCCAGCCAAGAUUGCUGCGCUCGGCCUGCGCAACCCGCACUACAUCACCGUUCAGGACAGCCACUCUGUCGGCGACGAGGAAGAUGAACGCAGGAACGGCGCGCAGCAACACGAACGUUUCUCGCUCCCGCACUCGCUUCGAGAACACAUGCUCGUCACAACCUCCGCAGACAAGCCGUUCCACCUGCUCUACCUUCUUCAUCGUCCCGAUAUCGAGACCAACGUCAGCCGCAUUCGCAAAGCGCUCUGCUUCACAAAGUCAGUCGAUUCCGCCGCUCGGCUGGUCAAGCUAGUCGAGAUCUUCGAAGAGGUCCGAAGCGAGAAUGGCCUCAUUGCACGCGGCAGCAGACCCUUGGUUGUCAAGAACUACUCGUCCGAGCUCAAGCCUUCGGAUCGUCAACGCAUCCUUACUGCCUUCAGUCAGGGCGAGAUCAACUUCCUCGUCUGUUCUGAUCUUAUCUCGCGAGGUAUCGACCUGCCUUCUGUGGAACACGUCAUCUCGUACGAUGCGCCGAUCGAUCCUGCCAAAUACGUCCAUCGUGUGGGCCGAACAGCAAGAGCAGGCAAACAUGGCGACGCAUGGACGCUCGUGGAAGAGCAAGAGGCGCGACACUUCAAGAAGAUGGUCCAGUCGAUAGCUCGUCAAACAGCGAUUGCAAAGGUCAAGCCCAUGAAGCACAAGGAAGAUGAAGUGGUCGACUUUGUAGAAGGAGACGCCGCCACUCGCGAGCUGCACAAGCUCCGUGAGGCGUACGAGGAGGCUCUGGCGAGGAUGGCGAAGCUGUAUCGGGUUCAAUGA